UUGUCUCACAUUAAUCAAAGGAUCAAGCCAAAAGCUCUUCCCUUUAAAUCAUUCUGAGGGCUUGGUUGCAAUCAAGAUCCCUCAUGGGAAUGCGUUUGUCUGGAAUCAGUUGGAUGAAGUCACAAAUGCCAGGACUUCAGAAGUGAUCCACUGCUAAUGGAAUGCAAUAGAAAGGCUUGGCAACUAAGAUUCAACCAUCUUGUGGGCUAUGGGGCCAAGUAUUAUUCCUACCUCAUGUCCAGGGCUGUCGCAUCCAUGGUUUGGAAACAAUGUUUCGUACAGGAUCCCUUCGACAGGGCAAUGGGUGAACGUUACCGUAGAGAAAUGCUAGCACAUGGUGGAGGAAAAGAACCCAUGCUCAUGGUCCAAGGUAUGCUUCAGAAACGUCCAUCAGUGGAAGACUUUGUGGAUGCCCUUGUUUCAGACUUGGAUCAGGAUUUUGAAACGUUCUUCAUGGAUUCUGAAUAGCAAGAGAAGAAAAUUAAGCAUUCCGGUGAAGAAUUUUGAAAAAGGCGUGUACCAUCAACAGUGUACACAUAACUCUUGUGGGUUGCAUUGCUGCAUCCUCACAAGUGCUUGGGUAAAAUAAAUGGUUUACCUGAAGAGCAGGAUGUUUUUUCAUUACAGAAAGAUCAUCAUAGCCAAUCCUUUGAAACAGGUAUGCUUUGCAUUCCUGUUAACCUAUUUGAAAACGUAUUCUUAUAUGAACACGUGACAGCUGAUAGGCCAGGGUUACCAAUAGCAAGGGACAGCCUUAUGUAGGUACUUAACGGCAUGUGCUGUAAUGGGCAUGGCCAGUGGGUGCCCAUGGAGAAGUGCCCAAUGGGUACCAUCCCACACCCUUCUGUGAGUUCACUGAAUGCAUUGGGAAGGGUACAAACCUCUUAUGUGAUUACACUGGAAGCCUCUUUUGUCUGUUUACCCAUGAUUUUAAACUAACAUAAAGCAAGUAACAUUUGCAAGUGGGAAGUGAAGAAUUGCCAGCCAGUCAGAAGAAAAGAGGAACAAAAAUGGCCUGACCUUUAUGGAGAGGUUGAUAUGGCAAAAAUCAGGAAGUGAAUGUUUUCAUAGCAUAAGAUAAGCAUUAUUUAUUGCUGAUGUCUGUGUAUCAAACUUGCUGUUUAAACCUUGGAAGCAGGAGCCAGUAGGGAAAACUACAAUAGACUCAAGAUACCUCAGUCUUUGUUCCCAAAGAACUUGGGAUUUUAAAAUGCAUAACAAAUAAAUAAAAUGCACAGUAAUUUAGGAUACACUUUUCAGUUGUUAUAGUGCUAUCCUUAAACCAUCUUUGCUUUGCUUUUUGUGUUUUUAAUUUAAAAGUCAGACAUUUAAGGACCAUUGUGCCAGUACUAACUCCUGCAACUAAGAUGUAAUUUGACACAUUAAUGUUUUGCAUUUUGUUUGGCUCUAACCACACGAGUGUGGAAAAAUCAGAUUGCAUCAUCCUGUAGGCAUUACAUUUUUAUGAACAGUAAAAUUCACUCUAAACUAAUUGCCCUGGAUUAAGAUGCCAAUAAAGAAUUGUUACAAUAAAGAUAAAGAAAAGGAAUAUUACUUACUGGAAUAUUAACCCAGGGCUUUUCCUUGCUCUUGGAGAAGUUACUUUCUGUAAUUCUCUAUUGGAAGAAGGAAAGUUUAUCGAGGUUAACAGUUAUUAAAAGAGCCGAUAUACUAGGGCCUGGUUUGCACAUCAUAAUAAACCAUGGUUAUCUAAAUACCAAUUGAUCAAA